CCCCAGGACUACUUUUUUUCUCUGGGCCGCACGUAGUUCCCAGGUAAAGUUCAUCUGGUCGAAAAACACCUUAUGCUCGCGACCCUCCAGGGGGUCUCGACCCACACAUUGGGAACCGCUUGGCUACACUCUAAGCAGGAAGCAUCGAUGGAGUUUUUUUUAACAACAGAAGUUAUAAACCAACAAUAAAGGUAGCAUAACGUGAUAGAUUCACGUGCACUUAAACUCACGUGAUACAGGCGGUCACCUUUUAUUUGAUGGAGUAGUCAAAAGGCACGUGCAAUAGUUCUUACCGUGCCGCGUGCUUGAGAUGAACUGUUUUCACUUUCGAGUGGGAGGGGAACACCGCUUCACCGACGGACAGAGGAGGUGAACACACAAACACAAACACACACACACACACACUACCCCGACUACACUAUCAGCACACAGUGGACACUUUAAACAGCCGUGAAACAGCCUUAAACUCCUGCGUUGAGUCGUGGACAGGUGUGGCAGCUCGCGGUGACUAAAGCUUGAAGAGGAAGUGAGAGAAAACGAAGACAGUCAAGCUGUUCCAGGAAGACUUUCUUUUCCAGCGUCAAAAUGAGCCUUCAGGGACAGGAGCAGGAGAUGAAGACAUAUGACCCACUGGAUUCCACCCUGACGUUUGUCAUCGGGAAGGACGACUUGGAUUUUGUGUCCUUAGGUGAUGGAGACGAUGGUGUCAGAGCAGAGAUGUCCUGCGGUCAUGCUGUCACUCCAGAUUCUCUCACAGACUGGUGUUUGAGACUGCUGAAAGAGGGUAAAUACAAAUUCAGAUGCCCUGCAGUGGACGAAGCUACCAACAGAGUGUGCAAUAAACUGUGGUCAUACCAGGAGGUGAGAAGACUGGCAGAUUUGACUGUUGAGGAAAUGGUGUACUUUGAGGAGACCAUGGCCCGCCUGGUUGCUGCAGAUUACUUGGAAAUAAAGCCAUGCCCACAGUGCAAAACGAACGUGGAGAGGCUGGAUCUCGCCAACCUGUGUGUGGUGUGCACCAUCUGUACAGCCGAUCAGAAGAGAACAUACCAGUUCUGCUGGCAGUGUCUGAAGACGUGGAAAGGUCCAGGCCCCCGAUCCGACCGAUGCGAUAACAAAGGCUGUGUCAACAAUGACCUGCACCUUCUGCAGACCUGCAAGAGCAUCAGUCUGCCUGCAGUGAAGGGGGUCACCGACUGCCCCUCCGUGCGGUCCUGUCCUAAAUGUGGCAUGAGGGUGGAGCAUAGCCAAGAAAACUGCAAAAACAUCAAGUGCCCUCGCUGCCACAGGGAGUUCUGUUUUGUGUGUCUGAAACGGAAGAGUGAAUGUUCCAAAACAAGCACACCGUUUCAAAUCUGUCCCAGUGGUGUGGCUCCGAGACAGACCUCCAUCCGCGUGUGGAAGAGAAAAUGAGAGAAAAUAUCCACUCAGGCAUUCUUUUAUUUGAGGAUGACAACCAGCAACAACAGAAUACGUGAUAUGAUUAGCUUUCUGGGGGAGUGCAGCUAUACACAGGGAUUUUAUGGCUAUUUAUUUUACUUGUUAGCAUAGCCCAUAACCCCUACUAAGCAAGCUAACUUGCUAACUGUACAAUAGCUUCUAUUGCAAGAGCUUUGAUAGGCAGUAGACAGGGGAGCGUCCAGAGGGGUGGCCAGGUUUGGCACAUGAACCCCCCUUGAAAUCUGAUUGGUCAUCCCAGGGUGCCACCCCAAAAUCCUAAACUGCCGUGGGCUAUUUGCCUUGAUAAGACAGGAGUUUGGUUGAGAUCAACCAUAUAGGCUGUGCAUUAGCAGGCUGCUAGUAGCAAAUUUUGUAUUUAAAGGUAGCACACUUUAUAUUGUUUGUGCCCUCAGAAGCAUCUUUGGACAAACAUCUUGUUUCUUGUUUUGAUUAAAGAUUUAAGCUAAGGGGAUGUUUGUGUUGCCACUCUGUUGUGUUUCCUUUAAAAGUAAAGCAAUAUAUUCAUAGGAAUAUAAGAACUGAGUAAUACAGUAAUGCAAGUUGUUAAAGUUGGGAGUGAAGACAGAGAAGGUAAAUGCUAUUAAAUUGUGUGUAUGCACACAGAUACCUCGGCCACCCCUGUCUAAGUCAGUUCACCGGUUCGGCCACUUGGAGAAAUGUAGCUGUUAUUUUCAGUGUGCACAACUUUAAAAACGACGCCCCAUACAUUCAUUCAGCAAUAUUGAAUGGGAAAUGUCAAUCUUUUAUUUCAUGUUUAUACAGAUACAAAUGACUAUUAAUGUUAUGACCUAUAAUCACCCCGACAGUCAUCCAAUAAAUGUGUUUAAAAAUAAAGAAUUAAAGAAGCAAGCUGUUGA